CUAGAGGGAUGUCCAUGAGAGGGGAGCAAGAGAGCUGAAGGAGAGCCCGUUUCCCCAAAAUUGCUGCAGUGAGAAGAGGAGUUUGUUAUUUUAAACGGAGGCUGAAGAAACUGUAGAAUUAGCAGACAUAAGAGAAAGUGGAAAGGUGGAGGAUGGAGUUGCAGACUCUACAGGAGGCUCUUAAAGUGGAAAUUCAGGUUCACCAGAAACUGGUUGCUCAAAUGAAGCAGGAUCCACAGAAUGCUGAUUUAAAGAAACAGCUUCAUGAACUCCAAGCCAAAAUCACAGCUUUGAGUGAGAAACAGAAAAGGGUAGUUGAACAGCUACGGAAGAACCUGAUAGUAAAGCAGGAACAACCGGACAAGUUCCAAAUACAGCCGUUGCCACAAUCUGAAAACAAACUGCAAACAGCACAGCAGCAGCCACUCCAGCAGCUACAGCAGCAGCAGCAGCAGCACCACCACCACGCCCAGUCGGCCGCCCCCUCUCCCAGCCUGACCGCUUCACAGAAGACUGUAACUACAGCUUCUAUGAUUACCACAAAGACACUACCUCUCGUCUUGAAAGCAGCAACUGCGACCAUGCCUGCCUCUGUUGUGGGCCAGAGACCUACCAUUGCUAUGGUGACCGCCAUCAACAGUCAGAAGGCUGUGCUCAGCACUGAUGUGCAGAACACACCAGUCAACCUCCAGACGUCUAGUAAGGUCACUGGGCCUGGGGCAGAGGCUGUCCAAAUUGUGGCAAAAAACACAGUCACUCUGCAGGUUCAGGCAACACCUCCUCAGCCCAUCAAAGUACCACAGUUUAUCCCCCCUCCUCGACUCACUCCACGUCCAAACUUCCUUCCGCAGGUUCGACCCAAGCCUGUGGCCCAGAAUAACAUUCCUAUUGCCCCAGCACCUCCUCCCAUGCUUGCAGCUCCUCAACUUAUCCAGAGGCCCGUCAUGCUGACCAAGUUCACCCCCACGACCCUCCCUACCUCCCAGAAUUCCAUCCACCCCGUCCGUGUCGUCAAUGGGCAGACUGCAACCAUAGCCAAAACGUUCCCCAUGGCCCAGCUCACCAGCAUUGUGAUAGCUACUCCAGGGACCAGACUCGCUGGACCUCAGACUGUACAGCUUAGCAAGCCAAGCCUUGAAAAACAGACAAUUAAAUCCCACACAGAAACAGAUGAGAAACAAACAGAGAGCCGUACCAUCACUCCACCUGCUGCACCCAAACCAAAACGGGAGGAGAACCCUCAGAAACUUGCCUUCAUGGUGUCUCUAGGAUUGGUAACACAUGACCAUCUAGAAGAAAUCCAAAGCAAGAGGCAAGAGCGAAAAAGAAGAACAACUGCAAAUCCAGUAUACAGCGGAGCAGUCUUUGAGCCAGAGCGUAAGAAGAGUGCAGUCACAUACCUGAACAGUACAAUGCAUCCUGGGACCCGGAAGAGAGGUCGUCCUCCAAAAUACAAUGCAGUGCUGGGGUUUGGAGCCCUUACCCCAACAUCCCCCCCAUCCAGUCAUCCUGACUCCCCUGAAAAUGAAAAGACAGAGACCACAUUCACUUUCCCUGCACCUGUUCAGCCUGUGUCCCUGCCCAGCCCCACCUCCACAGACGGUGAUAUCCAUGAGGAUUUUUGCAGCGUUUGCAGAAAAAGCGGCCAGUUGCUUAUGUGUGACACGUGUUCCCGUGUGUAUCAUCUGGACUGCUUAGACCCUCCUCUGAAAACGAUUCCCAAGGGCAUGUGGAUCUGUCCCAGAUGUCAGGACCAGAUGCUGAAGAAGGAAGAAGCAAUUCCAUGGCCUGGAACUUUAGCAAUUGUUCAUUCCUAUAUCGCCUACAAAGCAGCAAAGGAAGAAGAGAAACAGAAAUUACUUAAAUGGAGUUCAGAUUUAAAACAAGAACGAGAACAACUAGAGCAGAAGGUGAAACAGCUCAGCAAUUCUAUAAGUAAAUGCAUGGAAAUGAAGAAUACCAUCUUGGCCCGGCAGAAGGAGAUGCACAGCUCCCUGGAGAAGGUAAAACAGCUGAUUCGCCUCAUCCACGGCAUCGACCUCUCCAAACCUGUAGACUCUGAGGCCACUGUGGGGGCCAUCUCCAACGGCCCGGACUGUACCCCCCCUGCCAACGCCGCCACCUCCACGCCGGCCCCCUCCCCCUCCCCCCAGAGCUGCACAGCGAACUGUACCCAGGGGGGCGAGACUAAAUAACAGAGCCCCGCCAGGAGAAGCCGCAGGCUCCCGGCGGCCAGGAGAGCAAAAACACUGAAGACUCUAGAAAAGCAAAGCCGGAUUUCUUCUGGAAAGUACAGAAUUCUUUUGGUUCUUUGGUUCCAGAGAGAGAGAAGAUGCUAGUGCCGGGUGGCACCGGAGUUUGCCAAUUGAUCCUUCUUAUUCUGUGUGUACAUGCAAAGAUUGGACCAUGUUACAUGAAAUAGUGCCAGCUGGAGGUUCUUUGCCAGCACCAUGCCAAGUGAAAUAAUAUAUUUACUCUCUCUAUUAUACACCAGUGUGUGCCUGCAGCAGCCUCCACAGCCACCAUGGGUUUGUUUGCGUUUUGUUGGGUGGGGAGCAGGGACGGGCGGAGGGAGGAGAGCAGGUUUCAGAUCCUUAUUUGCCGAGCCGUUUGUUUAGGUAGAGAAGACAAGUCCAAAGAGUGUGUGGGCUUUCCUGUUUCUAAACUUUCACUACUAUAAAACCAAAAAAAAAGGAAAUCGAGAUUUAACCAACCCCAGUGCCCAGAGGAGGGAUGGGAGGGAAUGGGAGGGAGCCGGGGUGGGAAAAGUCUAUCAAAUAAGCAGUAUUUCCUAUUGUCCGGGGUGGGGCACAAUGCACGGGGAAGUGGACACCGAGGACAGCCACGGGGUCCUUCUCCCGCACACUCCGCCUCCUGCCCCGGACGCCCCCACCACUCCCCGCGUUCCUUCCCCGCUUUGGCAAAUUGGCGCGCAUCCCCGUGGAUGAUCCGGUUACCUUCCCUCUCCAAGAACAGGCAAGAGGCCUGCUUGGCGGGCCAUUGCCCGGGGCAGGGAAGAAGGGUGUGUGUGUCCAGGAAGGAAAACAAGGUGGAUCAGUGAUUUUUACUUGAAAACAAGCUCCAUCCCUUUUCUAUAUUUAUAAGAAGAGAAGAUUCUGAGCGAAGCAGCACGCGACCCAGGUGUGUGUGAAUUGAAUGGAGAUGUGUUUCUUUUCUCUUUUUUUAAAUUUUUGUUUUGUUUUGUUUUCUUUAAGAAAAAAGUUUUAUUUUGUUGUUUAUUUUACUUUUUUGGUAACAAAAACUAAAAUAAGGAAUAGAAAAGCUGUUUUUCAGGCUGACAGUCAAUUAAGGGUAGUCGAGGCCGUGCAUGGUAGAAUAGGAAUCAUAGUGUCAGUGAGGUCCAGUGAGUCCGUGUGAGUCCUUGUGUCAUCGUUCGGGGCACUGUUUUUUAUGCAAGGGCAAAAAUCUUUGUAUCUGGGGAAAACAACAACAACUUUUUUUUUAAUUAAAAAGGAAAAUAAAAGAUAUUGAGGUCUUCCUAGUGUUACUUAAAUUAAGAUCAAGGUAAGAAACAUUGUAUAAAAAAAAAAUUACAAAAGUGCUAUUUGUUUCCUAAAAACAGUGAUUUCUAUUAAAAAGGUGUCAGAACUGGAGAAAAUGCUGUGUAGUUAUAAUUUUUUAGCACAGAACCUGCUGAUCAUGAUGACAUUUUGCUGUGUUUGUGUCUCAAGACUGGUGGGCUAGUCUCCAUGAUUUCUGUCCUCUGGACGACUGCAGCCCUGACGGGCAGCGGCCAAGCCCUCCCACUGCUCUCCCCUCCUCGGAAAGGACUGUCCUCUCUUC